GCCCUAUUCUGAACUAUGCCUGUGCAGAAGGAUGAAAUGGAGGUCCAAAGGUCUUCAGGGAUGGGAGUAGCAAAUGUCCCUCCUGCCAUUUGGCCUGGGAACAGAGAGGACUUUUGGGGAAGAACCCACUCGAAGGUCCUCCCUGAGGGAACCCUCAGCUCAGAUGCUCAGUGCUGGCACUCCCGGGAUUUCUGCUACCAGGAGGCCCAGGGGCCCAGAGAUGUUUGUAGUCAACUCUACAAGCAUUGCUAUCAAUGGCUGAAGCCAGAAAGGAACACAAAAGCUCAGAUGUUGGACCUGGUGAUCCUGGAGCAGUUCCUGGCUGUCCUGCCCAUGGAGAUGGAGUGCUGGGUCAGGGAAUGUGGAGCAGAGGCCUGUUCCCAGGCAGUGGCCUUGGUCGAAGGCUUCCUCCUGAGUCAGGCAGCAGACAAGGAACUGGGAAUGAAACAGUUACAGAAGUCAUUCAUGAGGGUUGUCUCAGAACACCCUGAAGGAAGGAGAGAUCUGUCCAAUUCCUCUCAGGAGCAGCAGAACUUCCAGGUGCCUCCAACUCUAGCUACCUCGCCAUGUAAGUGAAGGGUUCUUCUGAGAGCACUGAAGCCAGACCUCCUUUCACGAGCUUCUUUUACACCAAAUCCUGCGUCUGUAUCAGAUGGCAUGUGCGCAUAGUGCCUCCCAAAACUUAUUCUCAAGGCUUUAGAUUA